UUCGUCACUGACUCGGUACUGUCAUUGUCAUCUUCAGCCUUUUAGCCGAGAUGGAGUGAUAAAAAGGAAGAGUUACAGCAAUAAAAUAUCAAUUAUUUUAUUUGUUUUUUUAAUUCGAUAUAUGGGGCUGGGGAUGGUAGGUUGUCGUCUGUUUGCUUCUUUAAGCACAGGUUUUCGUUUUGGAGAUUCGUUCAUGGCCAUUAAUCGUCUUAUUCAAUAAACGAAUCUUCAAUUUCCCCGGAUCUUCAGCUCCUAAUUAUUUCCUGAUCUCCGAUUCGUGCUUCUGUUGAGCACGGAGUUGCCCUGCUGCUAUGGAUACAAAGAGGAAGAAGGAAUCUCCAGACUCGCCCGAGUCGACUCCUUCGGCUAUGUUCCCCGAUGAGGUACUGGAGCGAGUGCUUUCUCUAGUGGAAUCUCACAAAGACCGUAGCUCGCUCUCUCUCGUUUGCAAGGACUGGUAUCACGCAGAGCGAUGGUCUCGUACCCGUGUUUUUAUCGCCAACUGCUAUUCGGUCUCGCCGGAGAUCGUUGCUCGCCGGUUCCCCAAAAUCAAGAGCGUGACUCUCAAGGGGAAGCCGCGAUUCUCGGACUUCAAUCUGGUGCCGGAAAAUUGGGGAGCUGAUGUCCACUCUUGGCUUGUCGUUUUCGCGUCCAAGUAUCCCUUUUUGGAGGAGCUCAGACUCAAGAGAAUGACAAUUAGUGACGAGAGUUUGGAGUUUUUGGCGUUGAACUUCCCCAAUUUUAAGGGGCUCUCGCUUUUGAGCUGCGAUGGGUUUAGCACCGACGGGCUUGCAGCCAUUGCCAAACAUUGCAAGAAUUUGACUGAGCUCGACAUCCAGGAGAAUGGUAUUGAUGACAGAAGUGGAGGGUGGCUGAGCUGUUUUCCAGAAAACUUCACCUCAUUGGAAGUGCUGAACUUUGCAAACUUGAAUAGUGAUGUAACUUUCGAUGCACUUGAGAGACUUGUUGCCCGGUGCAAAUCAUUGAAGGUUUUGAAGGUUAACCAAAAUAUUUCAUUGGAACAAUUAAAAAAGCUGCUUGUGUGUGCUCCCCAAUUAAUGGAGCUUGGCACUGGCUCAUUCUUACAAGAGCUAACACCCACUCAGUGUUCCAAUAUUGAAAUUGCCUUUAGAAAUUGCAAAAAUCUGCAUAGCCUCUCUGGUUUAUGGGAAGCAACGGCCUUGUAUCUCCCAGUAGUAUUCCCUGUCUCUGUAAAUCUGACUUUCCUGAAUUUAAGCUAUGCUGCUUUACAAGGUGAUGACCUUGCUGAACUUCUUGCUCACUGUCAACAUCUUCGGCGACUCUGGGUCCUGGAUACAGUAGGAGACUUGGGGCUAGAGGCUGUUGGAUCCAGCUGUCCUUUGCUAGAAGAACUCCGAGUUUUUCCAGAUGAUCCAUUUGAUGAUGAAGUUAACCAUGGGGUAACUGAAGCUGGGUUUAUAGCUGUGUCUAAUGGCUGCCGAAAACUCCACUAUGUCCUCUACUUUUGCCGCAAGAUGACCAAUGCUGCGGUGACAACAGUUGUGAAGAAUUGCCCUGAUUUCACCCACUUCCGUCUCUGCAUAAUGACUCCAGGCCAACCAGAUUAUAAAAAAAAUGAACCUAUGGACGAGGCUUUUGGUGCGGUAGUGAGGACUUGUAAGAAGCUCCAGAGGCUUUCAAUUUCAGGUCUUCUAACGGACUUGACAUUUGAGUAUAUUGGGAUGUAUGCGAAGAACCUGGAAACUCUUUCAGUGGCUUUUGCUGGCAGCAGUGAUUGGGGGAUGGAAUGUGUCCUGAGAGGUUGCCCAAAGUUGAGGAAACUGGAGAUAAGGGACUGCCCUUUUGGAAAUGCAGCACUACUCUCAGGUUUGGAGAAGUAUGAAUCGAUGAGGUCACUUUGGAUGUCUGCCUGCAAUGUGACAAUGAACGGUUGUAGGCUCCUGGCAAGGGAGAUGCCCAGGCUGAAUGUGGAGGUAAUGAAGGAGGAUGAGAGUGACGAAAUGCAAGCUGAUAAAGUUUAUGUUUAUCGAUCUGUUGCUGGGCCAAGAAGGGAUGCUCCUCCUUCUGUACGUACUCUAUGAAGUUUAUCAAAAGCUUGGGUAAUCCUCUCCCCCUCUCGUACUUAAUGCAUAUACAGACUCUCAUGCAGAAAGCAUACACACGAAGCACUGGAUUUAUGAAAAUGUUAGUGGCAAGUAUCAUUUUAAGUGAAGCUUAACCCUUUAACUGGAUUAUUUGGUGUUUAAUCUCUGGUGUAGUUCACGUGCCCUAAAAUAAUACUGAAGUUGGUGAGGUUUUUCACCAUACCAUUUGCCACCUUGAUGAUACUGCCUGGUUAAUAUUGAAAUUUUUUUUGGGUUUA